GGUUGACUAUAGGGAGCAGUGUGCAGACGUCGCUCGCCGCAUGUGCACGCCAGUGUGUGCGCGCAGACGGGGGAAAAGCUGAUUUAUAGAAAUAACACAUGCUCAAAUUAGCUCGCUUAUUCCGAAGGCUUAUUGGAUGCUUCACUCUAUGGAUACGAUGAGAAGGAGAAGAGGAAUGUGGCUAUAAUGAAUUAAUGGCCUGCUCGUUUUAGUGGGGAGAUUUUAAGCAAGCAAAACAGGAGACCUGUCUAGUAAUGGAGAACCAGGCAGCGGAGCUGCUACAACAGCAGAGCUACGAGGACGUUCGGAAAAGCGGGUAUCUCCGUAAGCAGAAAUCUAUGCACCGGCGAUUCUUCGUUUUGAGGGAAGCCUCGGAACAGGGCCCUGCCCGUCUAGAAUAUUAUGAGAACGAGAAGAAAUUCCGAAGCAAGUCACCUAUCCCGAAAAAAGCACUGAAUCUGGAGACUUGCUUCAACAUCAACAAGCGGGCAGAUUCCAAGAACAAGCACAUGAUAAUACUGUAUACCCGCGGGGAGAGCUUUGCCAUUGCAGCAGACAGUGAGGAUGUCCAGAAUGAAUGGUACCAGGCCAUGCUGGACCUUCAGUGGAAAUGUAAAAGCCCAGAGGACUGUGGUAGUGGUGGAGAGUGUGGACUCCCCUCUCCUCCAGGCCCCGCCUUCAAGGAGGUGUGGCAGGUCAAGGUGUGGCCUAAAGGGCUUGGCCAGGCCCGAAACCUAGUGGGCAUCUACCGGCUGUGCCUGACCGACAAGACAGUCAACUUCGUCAAGCUCAACUCUGACGUGGCCGCCGUGGUCCUACAACUGAUGAACGUGCGUCGCUGCGGCCACUCAGAGAACUUCUUCUUCAUCGAGGUGGGCCGCUCGGCCAUGACGGGGCCUGGGGAGUUCUGGAUGCAGGUGGAGGACUCGGUGGUGGCCCAGAACAUGCAUGAGACCCUGCUGGAGGCCAUGAAGGCUCUGAGCGAGGAGUUCCGCCAGCGCAGUAAGUCUCAGUCUGUGGGCGCUACAGGCGGUGGGGGCACCGCCUCCAACCCCAUCAGUGUCCCCACCCGCCGCCACCACCCCAAUCUGCCCCCCAGCCAGGUGGGCUUUGGCAGACGAGCCCGGACCGAGACCCCUGGAGCAGGUGGGGCCAACUGCACCAGCACUUCACCCACGCCACGCCACGGGUUCCCCAGGGCACGCACAGCCAGCAUCGGGGGAAGGACAGAGGAGGGUGGAGGUGGAGCCAGAGGGGCAUGGGCAAGCUCCAGUCCCAGCCUGAACGGAUCCUGUUCCACUACACCCACCCUGAGACCCAAGCCCACCAGAGCUCCAACCCCAGCUAAGAUCACUCUCAGCCUGGCCCGCUACACCCCCAACCCAGCCCCCUCCCCAGCCCCAAGCCUCUCCUCCAGCUCUGGUCAUGGCUCAGAGUGUGGACUAGUCGGAGGGGCAAUGGGAGGUGUAGCGAUCUGCUCUUACACCCGUGUCCCUCAGAGAGUCUCUGUGUCGGGCUCCCCUAGUGAUUACGGCUCCUCAGACGAGUAUGGCUCCAGCCCUGGAGAGCACUCCCUGCUGGUCCCCAGUCUACCUGGAGGGUCCAAUGGUGGGAUUGGACACCAUGCUCAUGGAGAGGGCUCUUCCAGCUACAUAGUGAUGGGCCAGAGAGAGAGCCUCCCUGAGUCCCAUCAGCGUCCUCAGGGCCGGAGGAUGCUGCGGCGCUCCUCUAGCAGGGAGUGUGAGGCAGAGCGCAGACUCCUCAGCAAGAGGGCCUCCCUGCCCCUGACUGCCCACGAACGCCUGGCCCCUCGUAGGAAGGAGGAAGAGGAGGAUGAGGACCAAGAGUACGCCGUCAUGUCACGGAGUGUUAGCAGGGACGCCUUUGUGUCGCGGCGGCGUGGAUCAGGGGGCUCCGCAGCAGGGGGCUUGGAAGCGGGGGCCAUGGUUGGGGAGACCCAGGCGAGGGUUGAUGUGGUCCGAGGAGACGCGGGAGGAGGAGGAGGAGGAGGGGGACAUAUGGACAGUGGCUACAUGUCCAUGUUACCUGGAGUGACUGCUCCUCCUGUUUCCCUCUCCCUGUCUGUGGCCGUGUCUGACGUCAGCACCAAGCCUGGGGCUGAAGAUGAGUACAUGGCCAUGACCCCCAACAACAGCAUGUCCCCCCCCCAGCACAUUCGCCUGCCUGUCUCUGAGGGCUACAUGGUCAUGUCCCCCAACAGCAGCUGCUCCCCAGACAUGCUUGGAAUGGCCAUGUGGGGGAGCAGGGGCAGCAUGGAGAGCCGGGCUGGCAGUGACUACAUGAACAUGUCUCCUAUCAGCAUCCGCUCGGCUUGCAGCACACCCCCCUCACAACCUGAACAGAACCCGCUACAACCCAAGAUGAUCUACUCUUACUUCUCUCUGCCACGAUCCUACAAACACACGCUCUCCACACGCUUCAAGGAUGACUUGGAUCAAGGGAAAAGGAAGGAGGGUGGUCAUCACGACCAAGACAGUGCUGGAAAUCGGGGUGGACAAGUGGGCUACAGCAAGAGGGACACAGCCACAGUUGGCCCUGCAGGAGGCUGUCAACUCUGCCUCUCCUCUUCCUCCUUCUCUUCCAGCUCAGCUAGCAGUGAGAGCCUGGAGGACCGGCCCAUGUCAGUGGCAGCUGGGGGAGGGCUACGACUAACAAGAACGGGGCCAGGGUUCAGGAAUGGGGGAGCACGCUCUAAGGACGGAUCCUACCAGCAGAAACGUGCAUCGCAUGGUCCAGGGGGUCAGCAGAGGAAGGCUCGUCCCCUCAGUGUGUCUGUGGACAUGUCUAAAGCUAACACCUUGCCCAGGGUUAAGGAGAACCUCUUCCCCACAGUGCCUCAGAGCCCUGGGGAGUACGUCAGCAUAGUGUUCAGGGGUGGUGACGUGGGGGGCAGGAGAGGGGGCCAGUGGGGGCCAGAGCACGGACUGUCUGUGACCCAUGGAACCCCGAGGCCCCUGCACCAUCCAGCCCUCUGCCAUGGUGGCUCCACCAACCUCCCCCGCAGCUUCUCUGCACCGCUGGCCACCUCCGCUGCCUUGGCUGCCUCUGCUGAGUACGUCAACAUGGACUUGGGGAUGGGAAACUCCCGUUGCACCUCCCCUGGGACCCCUGUUAAAUCACCUUUCUGCCUGCCCCCAGCCAUUGCCCCCAAGCCCCGAGUUGUGGCCCGUAGUAGGCCCUCUCCUAGGGCAGCAGAGGACAAUGUAGGUGGGCAUUUGGCAGCAGUGCCAACAGACUUACCCACUUCAUAUACAGACUACACAGAGAUGGCCUUCAGCAUGGGUUCAGAGCCUAACCCUGCACCGCCCACCAUGCACACUGCCCAAGCUUCAUCAAUGGAGCAGGAAUCAGGCUUGGACUUCCCCUCAGUAAAGUCCUACUCAUCUCCUGAUCAGAACCAGAGCAGCAGGCUGGCCAGAGACAGGGUUGAUAGGGGCGACCAACUGGGACGGAGACGCCACCGCUCUGAGACAUUCAUCAUGACUCCUCCCUCUCUCCCCCUCCACCUGUCCUCCUCAGGCUCCUUGUUCUUGGAGAGCGCCCAGGCAGCAGCGCCUCAUCGGCACGGAGGGCUGGAGAGGGGUUCACCAUGGGAGAAUGCACCCGCAGCCCAGGCUUCAUCCUCUGGGUCUGCUAAACAAGGCCUUAACUACAUUGAUCUUGACCUGGCCAUUAAUAAGGACAGCUCUCAGACUGAAAUGGAGGGGGGAGCCACUGCCCCCCACAACAUCUUCUCUCCAGUCCACAAUGGGGCAGGUGGGGGAGUCAUGAUGGGAGACAUGACUGGUUUGGGGAACAACCCUGGCUACGCCAGUAUUGAUUUCUACAAGUCAGAGGAGCUGAGAGCACAUCAUCAGAGCAGCAGGAAAGAUGGAAAAGGUAAAGAAUGUUAAUGAUCCAUCUUCAUCUGGACAUUGCUCCUGGGGUUGAGCAGCACUGUCCAACACUCCUCCUAACUAACCCGUGGUGGGAUUGGUUGGCAACAGUAUACACAGCUAUAGAGUUUCCUUACUGACCUUUUUCACUGGAAGAUGAGUAUCAGAAGUGAAGGCAUACCCAUCAAAUCAUCAUGAACUCUUUGUCAUUGCUAUCCAAUACUAAUGUGUGCCAAAAGACUACUGGUCAUAACCAACACAACAUGGUUCGCUGAGGUUGAAGAAUAUAGCCAAUCAAGAUUACAUUUGUUUCUUUUUCCUUAACAUAAACUUAUGGAAAUUGUUAUACAAGUGUGAAAUAGUAGAAAGGUACAUACUAAAAAGUAUAUAGUAUACAUAUGUUGAUGAAAGCUACAUAAAUAAAUAAAUCUAUAUAUAUUAUACUUUUUAAAAAGUGCCUAAUGUUUUGUUUGUAGACAUUUUUACACAGGGAAUCUGGAACUGGUCUGUGAGAGGGAAAACUAUGUUUAUGUCUUGAAUAUAAUGUUGUGUUAAGAAUAUAUGUUGAAAAUGACAGAAAACAUAAUAGCGAGUUUUAGUUAUAUAGUAAGCAUAAUCAAACUGCCUUACUGUGUUUGUGAAACAUACUAAAAGAAUAGCCUCUUUUUACUUUAUGCUGUGCCUCACGCUUCAGCCACAAUGAAAGCUCUCGUUUCCUCACUCUCCUGCCUGAACCCUACCAGUACCAGCUGGAGCUAAGCCAAAAACCAGCGCUGUAUAAUGCCAACCACACACACACACACACACACAUUUUAAUAGUCUUACAUGUGGUUCAGCUGAGUAGGUGAGGUUGAUAGUCGUCACAUUUACUGCUGUGACGACUAUUGCUGUGACAUUUACUACUUGUGUUUGCCAGAACAUUAUUACACUAACAGGCUGAGAAUGGUAUUGAAUGUCUGAUCAAUGUGAUUAUAGAAUGCUGUGCGUGCAGGCGCGAGAGAAAGAGCAUGAUUACAGUGGUGAUGGAUAUCAAUUAAUUAAGAUAUUUCCAGACCACAUUAUGGCCUCCCACAAUGAUCAACAGGGUAAUUUUUAUUUAUGUAAUAAUAAUAAUAAUAAUAUUAAUUCCUUUCACUGACUUGUUAAGGUUCCCUCCCGCUUUAUAACACAGUGACUGAAAAUCAUAUCUCACACACAUCCCCUGUAGCCUGGUCCCAGACCUGUUUGUUAUUUCUUGCCAACUCCGACUGACCAUAGGAGUUGGCAAGACAGCACAAACAGAUCAGGCACCAGGCUAUGUCCUCUGUGCAUCCGAAAAAGACACUCAAGUGCCUGGCUGCCUGUGUUCUUUGGUGUCCACACACUAACGGUUACCCUCACUCAUUCUCACUAGGUCCCCCCCUUCCCUUAUAUCCCCCUUGCUUUCCCGUACCAGUUAGAUUUUCUUGCAGAAAAAAACAAGUGGUAUUUUUGAUGUGGUGAUUCAGUUUUAUGAAAUCCCUUUAGUGAUUUGAACAUAGCCCAUUACUGCCAGUAUCUUGUGCUUUAAUGCAGAGAACUUUAGUGCCAAAAUCCUGUAUUACAUAGGCUAUGUUCACACAGGCAGCCCAAUUCUGAUCUAUUUUUCAGUAAUUGGUAUUUAGACCAAUCAGAUCAACUCUGAAAAAAAUAUGAUGUGAAAAGAUCUGAUGUAGUGGAAAAAAUAUCAGAAUUGGGCUACCUGUGUAAUCACAGCCAUAGAUCAAUGGAUUACUCAUGCUUCACUAUGGUAGACUUACUCUGUUUUUAAUCUUAAGUUUGUCUCACCAUACAGGCCAAUGGCAUUGCUUGAUGUGACUUUUAUAAUAUACCUUUCUUUCUUAUUCCCUUAAAAUGAUUAUUCUUAAUUGGGGAUUUUCAUUAAUGAGCUUCUUUUACCUCAUAAUCAUGUCUAAAGAAUUUGAACAGACGUGACAGUUGGUCUUAAAUCCCAAGGACUGUCUGGGAAAGGUUUAGGAUUCACCUUAAAUCCCCUACAUUUUGGUUCACUUAACUACCGUAGCUAUGGCCAAGUCCAGUUAAGAGUCUUUGUGUUUGACUGGGUUUCGUUCUACCAUCUUUUAAUGCCUUAUUAUUUUCAAUAUUAACUCUCACAUAAUACAACACAGUAGCUGUAUAAAGGCGCUUUGCAUUCUAGAAUAACCAGAAUUCUGUCAAGUCUGAAGAUUCUUAGUUUGGUGAACUGCAGAGACAUGUGUUCUCUGUGGCUAUAGUGUGUUCAGCAUAACACGGUACAAAGUGAUGUAGAAAUUAGACAUAUAUACUGAGACCCCUCACCGUAUCAAAGGUCCUACCUGUAAUUGUGGGAAAAAGGUAUGAUAUGUACAGUCAGGGUAAUGGAUCCUGUUAGGAGAGAGCUGUAUACUUAUUUUUAUGCUAUUAAUAAUACAUUGACUGACAAUUAUGUAUAAUGUAUUCUAUUGUAAAGAGAAGGAGCAGGAUCUAUGGGUAUGUACAGUAUUCUGUGUAUACGGGAGUAGGCUUCAGGAGAGGGAUAUGGGCAUGGGGUUCAUGAAAAUGUUAUGGAAAAGAUUUCUGUUCAAAAUAGAAUAAUGCUGAUGAUUCUUGCCUGUGAUGUAAACAAUGUCACUUUGUUUCUUUGAAAAACUGAGAAAUGAAAUGGA